CUGCGAUUCCACGUCCGAUGGAACAGUAAACACAAUUUUAAGCGAAAUCUGAGUGACCAAAUGACAUGUACUAAAUAAACAGGCUCAUUAUUCGACUCGUACUACUUAUUUUCACAAAUGUAAAUAUUCACCGGCCGGCCUGGACCGGGCGAUAAUAUCCGUUGAAGUAACCUUCAUGAUUGCUGAGGAAAUUGAAAAACUUUAAAACGUAAAAACAUCAUUGAAAAUGGUUCAAUUCGGAGUGAUAAAGAUCGAUGACACAUCAACCUUGAACUUCAUCAACUUCGAAUGGGCCUUGAAUGUAUCAGAAUUCCAGCUGAGCCUCGCAAAAUUACCUGUGGUAUCACCAAUAUUUUCCACAUUCCAAGGUGAUUGGCAACUAGAAUUCAACAAAGCAAAUGAAAAUUUGAGAGGUCAUAGAUGUACAUCGCUGUACCUUCGUCUCGUCUCCAUGAAGCCUGGGAUAAAAAAAAUCGAAGCACACUGUAAGUUCACAGUAACUGGAAAGCAAUUCGAACACUGCGACGAGCUGUAUUUUGAUUCUCUUGCGAGAAAAGAAGUUGGAAAAGAGACUGAAUUUUUUCGAUACCUCAUAGUAUCAGACACGACGAGUGGUGCCUUGCACGGUAAAAUGUAUAUCUCAUCGUCACCAAGUCGUGGAGCGCCGAUGAUCAGCUCUCAAGAGGGUGACUGGAGCCACGAUUUUUCUCUACUCUGGAGAAAAUCCAAAUUGACAGACGUUUGUCUGGUGGUGGGAGGUCGAAAAUUUAAGGCACACAAAGUUGUAUUGGCAGCUCGCAGUCCAGUUUUCUUAGCAAUGUUCGAGCAGAAAAACUCACGGGAGAGUCUCAUAAACGAAGUGGAGAUUGAGAACAUAGAGCCAGCAGUGGUGAAGGCCAUGCUGAAAUUCUUUUACACCGAUGAAGUUGAUAAUCUGAAGGAUGUGGCUUAUGGAUUGUUGGGGGCUGCCGACAAAUACAAUGUACCACUCCUCAAAAGCAUGUGUGAGAAAGUUCUUUAUGAUAGCGUGGACGAGGAGAAUGCUGCCUACAUGCUGAUCCAGGCGGAUCGUCAUUGUUCUCAUGGAUUGAAGGAUUAUAUCAUGCAAUUCAUGGAUGAUCAUCUUGUUAAAGUCGUCAAGACGGACAGCUACAAACAUUUGGAGAAAUAUCAUCCUGCACUCGUCAUGGAAAUGAUGCGAUCUUUUGCUAUUCACAAGUUGAAAAAAGUGGAAUUGAUGGAGAAGAAUUGAAGAUAUCUGGUGUCAGUUUCAUUGCGAAUAGGGAUGAAUCAUUUUUUAUGGCGAUUAAACCAAGGGAUCGAUGAUUUUUAAAGAGAAUUCUGUAUUUUUCAUUAGGCAAUCCAUUCUUUUUAUUGAGGUAAAAUAGUAUAUAUCGUAACAAGUGCGGAAAAGUGAUUUUUUGGCGUGUGGUUGUGGUUUCUGCGCGGGUCGCACACAAUAUUUCUCUUUUAAUUGUCAAAUAAUACGUUAAUCUGAUUAAUGGUUCGCGUGAUGAAGUGCGUGAUAAAAAGUGUUCGCCUCAUCUCGCGUGUUAUGAGAAAAAAAUUUAAUGAAAUCUUUUAAUUAAUAAAAAUAACUAUU